AACCCGAAAGCGUUUUGCAAAUCAACAUUGCUGUUUAUGACAGAGAGUUGAGCGGUUUGCGGAAUCAGUUUCAGUGCCGCUGUGUCCGUUCGCGAUUGCGUGCUCCGAACAGAGAAAAGGUCUUCUCUCUACGGUUCUCCGGAUAUUUUUUUUUAGAAAACUUGGAACCACCUUAAAGACCUUUUUGCACCACACAAAGCCGCAGAGCUAUAGAGCCGCAGCACCAGCACCACUCAGUGCUCCCACUCAGUGAUUGUAAAUCCAAAACGUGCUGCCCAAAAGUGAGUGAAGACUAUAAAUGUUGCAACUUUAAAGUCUAUUUUGGCAUCAAAAAAAUUAAAAAUAUCAACACAAACUGAGAUUGAAACCACCAUCGAAUUUUAACGACACCACCGAUCCCGGCAAUCGCCAAAAGCACAGCCGCCCAACAAUUUAUACGGAUUCCCACAUCAGGUAGAUCCACCUGUAAUCCACCCCCCACCACUACUAACCUUUGGAUGGAUCUGAAGCACAGCGCCAGUGGUGCUGUCGAAAGCACUGAAUCCUACAUAGCAACCAGCAAAUCCACAGACAUGAUCACUCCCAAGGAUAAGGAGGAGCAACGGGCCAAGGCAGGUGCAGCUAGUGCUCCAGCUGAAGGCUACAAAGUCUACGCCCGACGCUGGGCGGUGCUCUUUCUCUUUGUGUUCUAUUCAGCCUCGAAUUCCAUGCAGUGGAUACAAUACACCAUCAUCAACAACAUAAUAACACGCUACUACGGCAUCAGCGAAAAGUGGGUGGACUGGACGUCCAUGAUUUAUAUGAUCCUGUAUAUACCACUCAUAUUCCCUGGUAGUUGGUUUUUGGAUAAAGCGGGACUCCGCAUAACCGCCCUGGUCGGAGUGGUGGGCACUUGUGUGGGCGCCUGGAUUAAGGUCUUUUCGGUGGACCCGUCGCUCUUCUACGUGGGCUUCAUUGGCCAGGCGAUCGUGGCUCUGUCCCAGGUGUGCAUCCUUUCGCUACCGGCCCGGCUGGCGGCCGUUUGGUUUGGUCUGGAUCAGGUGUCCUCGGCCACCAGCGUGGGAGUGUUUGGUAACCAGCUGGGCGUAGCCGUCGGCUUUGUGUUGCCACCCAUGCUGGUGCCGAAUUCCCCGGAACUGGAGACAGUGGGCAAUGAUCUAAGGCUGAUGUUCUACAUGGUGGCCGGUCUCACCAGUGUCCUGCUCGUCCUGAUGGUUUUCUUCUUCCAGGACAGGCCACCCACUCCGCCCUCCGCCGCCCAGGAGGCGGCUCAGAUAUUGGAGGCCUCCGAUGCCGAGCAGGUCAGCUUCAUGCACUCAUUGAGGAAUCUGUUGACCAAUAGGAACUUCAUCCUGCUGCUCCUUUCGUACGGCAUCAAUGUGGGUGUGUUCUACGCCAUCUCCACGCUCCUGAAUCCGGUGGUUCUCAAGUAUUAUCCUGGCCACGAGGUGGACGCCGGACGUAUUGGCCUCAGCAUCGUGCUGGCCGGCAUGCUGGGCUCUGUGGUGUCCGGCAUUGUCCUGGAUAAGUCGCACAAGUUCAAGGAAACCACAUUGGCGGUGUAUGCUCUGUCCAUGGUAGGCAUGUGGAUCUUUACCUUUACCUUGGACGCGGGCCACAUCGCGGUUGUCUAUCUCACGGCAUCGCUGCUGGGAUUCUUUAUGACGGGAUACUUGCCAGUGGGCUUUGAGUUCGGGGCCGAGCUUACCUUCCCAGAGCCAGAGGGCACUUCCUCUGGCCUACUGAACGCCUCCGCCCAGACCUUUGGCAUCUGCUUCACGCUCUUCUACUCGGAGCUGUUCUCCGAAUUUGGCGACAUUGCCGCCAACGUAACCAUGGCUAUAAUGCUGAUCGUGGGCACGAUCAUAACGGCCAUCACACAGUCGGAUCUAAGGCGCCAGAACGCCCAGGUGACGGUUAAAGGGGAUGCUGGUAAUCCGUAAAUGUACGGAAGACACACACCUGGAACACUAGUUCAGUCGCCUGGACCUGGGACUGUCUUUUAUGUAUAGUAUUCUGCGCAUAUCGUUUUACUGUUUAAUUUAUUCAAUUGUUUAUUGUACAUUUCGUUGUAGCCUUAAGUGUUGAAUUUUAAAAUGUUCAUUAAAGGUGCAUAGCAAAAGAAA